AUGAAUACUUAUCAAGAAGAUAUAACUGAUGAUUAUCAACAAUACUCCGAACAAGAUUAUAAUGUUACAAUUUAUGCUGGAGAAGAGCCUAACAUUACAGAAUUUCAUGCUCAUUCAAUUAUUUUACGAUGUCGAUCUCAAUACUUUCGAACAGCACUUUCGUCCAAUUGGGCAGAGAAAGAAAAUGGAAUGUAUAUUCUAAGAAAACCAAAUAUUUCGGGAAAAAUUUUUCAAAUUAUUCUUAGAUACAUUUAUAGUGGAAUGGUAAAUUUUAAUAAAUUUGAAAAAAUAGAAUAUUUAGAAUUUUUAAAAGCAACAGAUGAACUUGCAUUUGAUAAAAUAAGAGAUUAUUGUAUCAAAAUAAUUUGUCAAGAAACGGAAAUUUUAUUUGAAAUCGAAAGAUUUUCAACUAUGCCUCCACGUAUAUUAGAAUUAUUACUUCAACAAGAUAAACUUGAAUUAGAAGAAAUUGAUAUUUGGGGUUAUCUUAUUAGAUGGACUUAUGCUCAAAAUCCUACUAUUGAAUUUGAACCUUCCAAAUGGACCGAAAAUGAUAUUGAAAUGAUGAAAGAUACGAUAGAAAAUUUAAUUCCAUUAAUUAGAUUUGAUAAUAUUUCUUAUAAAGAUUAUUUUGAAAAGAUAAACCCUUAUGAAAAAUUAUUAUCAAAAAAGAUUUUAAGAUAUUAUUCCAAUUUAAAUUCAGAAUCAAGUGAACUUGACUCUUCUAUUAUCACACAAAAAGAUCUUUUUUAUUCAUUAUUUUUAAAUUGGAUCAAUAAAAAAGAUAAUAAUCAAAAAUCAAGAAAAUUUCUUCAAUAUAAUUUCAAACUUUUAUUACGUGGAAGUAGGGAUGGAUUUGAUGGUAAUGCAUUCCAUUAUAGAUGUGAUAAUAAAGGAGCAACAAUUAUAAUAGCGAAAAUUAAAGAUUCUAAACAAUUAGUUGGUGGUUAUAAUCCAUUAGAUUGGAAAGGAAGGAAUAGUAAAUCGACAACUGAUAGUUUUAUAUUUUUAUUUGAUGAUCAUAAAGAUGUUAAUUCAGGUAAAAUUGGUAGAGUAAUUCAUACAAAGCAUGCUAUUAGGUGUUAUAAUAAUUGGGGUCCUAUAUUUGGUGCUUAUAAUUCUCUUGCUAUGAGUAAUAAUUUAGCCAUGAAUCAAAAUGGUGAAUGGAGUUCAAUUCCACCAAUUCCUUCUUCUUAUCCUGAUUUGAAUAUUCCAAAUAAGUUUGAAAUUGAUGAUUAUGAAGUAUUUCAAGUAAUUAAAAAAUGA